AUGACAACUCCGUCGCAAUAUAUCGGCCAAACAUCGUCUUCUUGGUACCAACUUGAUCGCAUGCGGUUGGCGGGCAGCACGAGCCCAUCCCCGGUCCCCACGGGCAUCUUCUUUUGCAGGGCCAGCAUUGAGGGCUCGGCCAACGUGGCUUUUUACCAGGUUAACCUUGUCAACGACCAUUUCCACGGAAUUGGCUCACGGGGUUUAUGCCCUGACCUGGUCAAUUUCUGGGCUGCCGUGCCGGACACUAGCUUUUUGAUGGGCUCGGACGACUCAUGGUCUUCGUUGCGUGGUGCAGAGACCUCUUUCGCUAUAUCUCUCCAGAUUUCAACAGCUUUCAACAGGCUGGCAUUUGUUACUCGCACCCCCACCGUCGCUUUCCGCAGCCCCUGGAUCAACUUGUCAGGGGGAGAGGGGAUUCCAAAUCAAGUUAAGCGCCAGGAACAGGCCUUUGAUUGGAUUGUGUGCGAAAGCUUCUGGAGUGAUGUUGUAAGUACUGUGGUUACCAAAACUGACGAGGAGUGA